AUGGUCGUCUGUAAAUGCCGCAAGGCCACUAAACUAUAUUGUUUUGUGCACAAGGUCCCCGUUUGCGGGGAAUGUAUAUGCUUUCCAGAGCACCAGUUAUGUGUGAUACGUACAUACUCAGAAUGGGUGAUUGAUGGAGAGUAUGAUUGGCCACCUAAAUGCUGCCAUUGUCAAGCUGUGCUUGAAGGGACUGACCCUCAAACGACUCGAUUGGGUUGCUUGCACGUUAUACAUACGAGUUGCCUGGUUACACAUAUAAAAAGUUUUCCCCCACAUACUGCUCCUGCUGGAUAUGUGUGUCCAGAGUGUUCUACUUCGAUAUGGCCUCCAAAAAGUGUUAAGGAUUCAGGAUCACGUCUUCAUUCAAAACUGAAAGAAGCAAUUGUGCAGACUGGUUUAGAGAAGAACUUGUUUGGAAACCAUCCGGUUUCAUUCCCUGGGCCAGAGUCCCGAAGUCCUCCACCUGCAUUUGCCUCUGACCCUCUUAUGCAUGCUGAUGCUGGUGGCAUGUCGUCAUCUGUUGGAAUAGAUGCAACUUCCAGCACAAUAUCUGCUAAACCUUCGAGUUUGGAUAUUAUUGAAAUAAAUGGACCUGACUCAGCAGCAGCAUCCCUGCCCAAUCGUGAACUGAAUUUAUCGAAAAGCUCAAGCCCUUCUGUUCCUGGUGCAACGACACGUAAGAGUGGGCUCCAGUUUGAUAGGCAAAGCUCUGAAGUUUCAUAUUAUGCUGAUGAUGAAGAUGGGAACCAGAAAAAGUACUCACGAAGAGGUACAAUUCGCCACAAGUUACUCAGGUCAUUGCUGCCUUUCUGGUCAAGUGCAUUGCCGACUCUACCAGUAACUGCACCUCCACGGAAAGAUGCAUCAAAUGCAGAUGAUAUCCCAGAAGGGCGUCUGAAGCAACAUAGGUCUUCAAGGAUGGAUCCAAGGAAACUCCUCCUAAUUAUAGCUAUAAUGGCCUGCAUGGCAACAAUGGGUAUAUUGUAUUACCGACUAGCUCAACAAGGACUGUCUGAUGAGUUGCCCGAUGAUGAGAAGCAGUGA